UGUACAGCCGGGGUGUGAAGCGGAGGAGGGCAUCCCCUUACCCUCGUCUCGAAGUCCGGAGAUUUGUACAGCAGUCUAAACGUUAAUAUCUGUUUCGGAGUCUGAUAGGCGUCUCAGUCCCCGACCCACUGGUUUGGGUGGGCAGCGGGACUCCGGGGGCAAGUCAGAUUAGGCCUCGGAGAGGUGGGGUCAGGCCCUGUCAUUAAGGGUCCCUAAAACCUCCCACCUCCGGACGGAACCGAGUCCGUAGCACAAGUUGUAUGUACCAGCAUCAUAUUUUCAUUUAUCCUUGCCUCGCCGUACUUUAUUUGGAGUUGUUCUUGUGUUAGCCUUAGGAAGUAGACUAUGGCAAGGAUCAUUCUUCUCAUGGGACAGACUGAGGAAACGAGGCCAGGGUCAAUCAAGUAAAUCGGUAGCCACACCUCCAGGCAGCUGGAACUGGCCCAUGCUUUAGCAGACUGCUCUUAUCUAAGUGCAAACUAAAACUCGCCGUGAUUUUGUUCCAAAGCUAUGUAUGGCCCGUUAGACCAAAACAUCCAUCCAUAAAUCAGGCCAACCAGUGGAAACAGGACAGAGGACUCAUGCUCCACGGCUGAAUCAGAAAGGGAAAACAGACAACACUCAAACAAACAAUACCAAAUUUGAGAACUGCAGUACUUGAAUCUUUGACCUUAGACGUCAUUCUGAAACAUCAUGACGCAAACUAUUCAGUCCUGCAACAUUGAAGCUCUGAUGUAAGGAAUUCAGCUCCUGCACCAUAGCUUUAUGAGUAAAAUGGAAGAAGAUGGUUGAAUUCCAUUGAAUACCGGGAGGAGGAUAUAAAGCCUCAAACAGCAGGAGGAUCUGUUGUUACCACUGUUGCCACUGGCCCUAGCCUCUGGGUUCACUGUCUAGGCGUCCUUUUCUGGCAGAGCUGACAUAAAGCAACCGACCAGCAAGAGAAGGAUUCCUUGUACAACUGGCUACCGUAACUACUAGAAGUCGGCUGAUUGGCAAGCAGUUACUCAGCGACCCAGGCUGAAGUGUUCUAUGACAGACUCCUAAAAGGAGAAUGACAUGUCCAGAAUAAGACCCACAUAAAGAGAAGAUAGGAAGUAGAGCCAGAGCCACAGCCAACAUAUAACAUGAUGAAAGAUAAACCUUUAUGUGUGCCUUGUAAUUCACGAAAACCAGAGGAUGGAAGCGAAAGGAUCUUUGAAGGCAUCAGAGGACCACAGGAAGGUGAAGUCCGGAGCAGGAUUCUGAGGCUUUCUGUCCUCCAUGCCGCUCACCAGAAAAGGGACUGUGAACUGUGCUUUGGCGCUAGCUGACAGGAAGAAUUUCUGGCCCAGCUGGGAGUGAGAAGAGGGAGUGAGUCUCCUGAGGGCCAUCCUCGAGUCCGCCAGGAUCACCCGAACAAUCCUCGAUGUGAAUCAAUCCCAUGAUGCAACAUGCCUCCCCAGCCCCCGCUCUGACGAUGAUGGCCACGCAGAAUGUCCCUCCCCCACCCUACCAGGACAGCCCGCAGAUGACAGCAACUGCCCAGGCUCCCUCUAAGACCCAGGCUGUCCACAUCUCCGCACCCUCGGCCGCUGCCAGCACGCCUGUGCCCAGUGCCCCCAUUGACCCCCAGGCCCAGUUGGAGGCUGACAAGCGAGCUGUGUACAGGCACCCUCUUUUCCCGCUCCUGACGCUGCUGUUUGAGAAAUGUGAACAGGCCACCCAGGGCUCAGAGUGCAUCACCUCCGCCAGCUUUGAUGUGGACAUCGAGAACUUUGUCCACCAGCAGGAACAGGAGCACAAACCCUUCUUCAGCGAUGACCCAGAACUGGACAAUCUGAUGGUGAAGGCAAUCCAGGUCCUGAGAAUUCACCUGCUGGAAUUGGAGAAAGUCAAUGAACUCUGCAAGGACUUUUGUAACCGGUACAUCACCUGCCUCAAAACCAAGAUGCACAGCGAUAACUUGCUCAGGAAUGACCUCGGGGGACCCUACUCCCCCAAUCAGCCCUCCAUAAAUCUUCACUCACAGGACCUCCUGCAGAAUUCCCCCAAUUCCAUGUCUGGAGUCUCCAAUAACCCCCAGGGGAUUGUGGUCCCAGCCUCAGCGCUCCAGCAGGGCAACAUCGCCAUGACAACCGUCAACUCACAAGUGGUGUCAGGUGGAGCCUUAUACCAGCCAGUUACCAUGGUAACCUCCCAGGGUCAGGUGGUCACCCAAGCAAUCCCCCAGGGAGCCAUCCAGAUCCAGAAUACACAGGUUAACCUUGACCUCACCUCCCUCCUGGACAAUGAGGAUAAGAAGUCCAAGAACAAACGAGGAGUCUUGCCCAAGCAUGCCACCAAUAUAAUGCGUUCUUGGCUCUUCCAGCAUCUCAUGCACCCCUACCCCACGGAGGAUGAGAAGAGGCAGAUCGCAGCCCAGACAAACCUCACCCUCCUGCAAGUAAAUAACUGGUUCAUCAAUGCGCGGAGGCGCAUCCUGCAGCCCAUGCUUGAUGCCAGCAACCCAGACCCUGCCCCUAAAGCCAAGAAGAUCAAGUCGCAGCACCGGCCCACCCAAAGAUUCUGGCCCAACUCCAUUGCUGCAGGGGUGCUGCAACAGCAGGGUGGCGCCCCGGGAACGAACCCGGACGGUUCCAUCAGCUUGGACAACCUGCAGUCCCUGUCCUCAGACAACGCCACCAUGGCCAUGCAGCAGGCUAUGAUGGCCGCACACGACGACUCCCUGGACGGGACGGAAGAAGACGAUGAGGACGAGAUGGAGGAGGAGGAGGAGGAGGAGCUGGAGGAGGAGGCCGACGAGCUGCAGACGACGAACGUCGGCGACCUAGGCUUGGAACACAGUGACUCCCUGGAAUAGUUGGCAGCCCGGAUGGCACUGGUCACCGAGCAGGAGAGGAGCGUCGUCAGGAGGGCUCCAGGGUGGGAGGGAGGGGGGCACCGCAGGCAGCGCCGACGAAGUUGGCCCUAGCUUCCCCCCAAUCAGCAGCUUGAAGAAAGGCAGAGGAGACACCUGCUCCUCCCCAACCACCAAGCUCCAGCGAGCACCCCAGCCCCACUUCCCUGAACUGCAGAGGACUCCGUCUGCGGGGCCGCUCGAGCAGCCCACACGGAACGGCAGGAGUGAGAGCCGGACUCACCAAAUCCCUGAGGACAGAUGGCACCCGCGCCCCCCCACCCCCCCACUGAAGGACUUGAGUUGUUUCCAAGCCCCGCACUGUGAGGCGGAUCGGUGCCGUUCAGAGUGAGCCUUGCCAGGGACAGAGUUAGGAGGAAAGGGAGAGUCAAGGGGGUCCGGGUUCCACCCCCAUGAGGUUCUCAGCUCCUUGACAGACAUUCAAGGGCAGGAGGAGUCCAGACGCAUCACCAGUGGCUAGCAGAGCGGGAGGCCCUGAGGCGCCACAUCCCGCAGAUCGGAAUGGGACCUGGGCUCCCGAAGGCUCCGGCUCAUUCCUCCAAGGACCUGUCUCAGGCAUGGGCAACCGUGGACUUGGGAGAGAGGGCAGGAGCCACACAGACACCUUCUCUCUCUCUCUCUCUCUCUCUCUCUCUCUCUCUCUCUCUCUCUCUCUCCCCCUGAAAUGAAUGGUAAGCUGGCAGGCUCGGAUUGUAGGGGGUUAAGAGGAAUCCCUUCCCCUGGGUUGGCUCCAGGACCCAAGGAGAUGGCAGAACUGAGCUAGGAGCCAUAUCAAGAUGACUUUGGGGACCACAGCCAUCCCUAGGUGGUCACAGAACUCAGCUCCUGUAGCAGCAGGACAAUGGUGUCUUAUCCCAGAUGUCCCGGCCCUCAGAUGGAGCUCCUCAGAUGUCCCGGCCCUCAGCCCCCCACGGCCGUCCCCCCUGCUCCCAGGCUGGCCCCACCAGCCCCCAUUUUGCUCUCUUUCUUCAUUCUAUCCUUCAGAGAAGGCAGAAGAAACAUUGGAAAAGAAGCAUCCAGUCCAGUGGGAAGCCAGGGGUUGGAGAAGGUGCUACAUCCCUCUUCCCAUCAAUAUCUGAAGUGUGGGUGAGGGCCCAGAGAAAUGGUGCCCCAGCGCCAAGGGGUGCCCCACCCCCACACACCUCGUUGAUCCACCCACCACCAUGACCCGCAGCACUGGAGGAACCGGGGCUCCCUCGAGGAGGAGGCUUUCCAUCACCUGCCCUAACUCACCCCCUCCCACCCCAACUUCCAGGCCCCCAUGAUUGGCACCCCCUCCUCCCCUCUUCUCCCACCCCUUGGCUGUGAAUGACAGGACUGAUCACACGUGUGUUUUCCAGUGGAUUUUAAUUUAAUGGACUUGCAGUUUCAUUUGUAAAUUGUGCAUUGGCCAUCUCCUUCAGUGGCAGGAUGCGAGUGGCUACCUGGCUCAACCUGAGGGGACCCUCAGGGCCCUCUGGGGCUUCCCCUCCCCCACCUGGUUGGGGUGGAGCAAAAAGAUGGUCGCUUUCCUGAGGUCUCCCUGAAAUGAAUGUAUUUCUCCCCCAAAAGAGCUGAUAUUUAAUGUUUUAAUAGGGAUUUUUGAGAAACAAAUAACCUUAUUUAUAAUCUGGGUGAUCCAAUCAUUUUUUACUCCCUUUUGAUGCCAUAAGUAGAGGAAAGUCUAGCUUUUUUGGCGUGAGACUUUUGCAAUGUGCAGUGGGAUAAAAUACAUUUCCUUUUCUGGUUCGUCUUUCUUGUUCUCUCUCUCUCUCUCUCUCUCUCUCUCACACACACACACACACACACACACACACACACACCCUUUCACCUACCCCUUUGGACAGCGACACACCCAGCACAGGCACACCUGCACACAUGCCCACACACCCUCCUCCCAGCCCCUCCACCUGCCUAAUGUUAUGCAACCUCCUUCUGAUGUAUCCACCAAACCAGUACUGAAUGUGGCCGAGAAGUUUUCAGUAAA